AGCCGCUCGCCCAGCCCUCUGACGGGAUGAAGCCUUUAGGGGGAUGCGGCGCUCCGUGCAUUUUGAUUAAAGCCCCUCGUCUCCCUCCAGUCUGAAGGCAGGGCACCGGGGAGCACGGGGCGGAGGGGCCUGCACGGGGCCGGGCGAGGGAGAGAGAAUCCCUUCGGUGUGUCACGUAUGGCUCUAUAGGAGAAAUCAUCUCUGGGAAUAUUGUGGAAAGGACGGAGUAUAAGUUGAAGGCGCCCAGGUUUAACUCACGCUCGCGGGCGCGCAGCAUGAAGAUGCAGAGGUGGUCCACGCGGUGGAAAACGAAAAGGUGGCCCCGGGACUCGGCCGUGACCGUGCUCAUCACCCUCGCUGUCCUUCUCCAGGCUGCGGAGGUCAGAGGAGCUGAACCAGUUGAUGUGCUAAAAGUAUUAGAAUUUCAUAAUUCACCAGAAGGAGUAUCAAGAACAGCAGGAUUUUGCACUAACAGAAGAGAUUCAAAAGGCUCAGAUGUUGCCUACAGAGUUUCAAAAACUGCACAGCUCAGUGCCCCAACAAAGCAAUUGUACCCAGAUGGAGAUUUUCCAGAAGAUUUUUCAAUAUUGAUGACAGUAAAACCUAAAAAGGGCAUUCAGUCCUUCCUUCUGUCUGUCUACAAUGAACAAGGAAUUCAACAAAUAGGUGUUGAAGUUGGAAGAUCCCCUGUCUUCCUCUUUGAAGACCAAAAUGGAAAGCCUGCCCCAGAAGACUAUCCUCUUUUCAGAACAGUCAACAUUGCUGAUGGCAAGUGGCAUCGAGUAGCCAUUAGUGUGGAGAAGAAAAGUGUUACAAUGAUUGUUGACUGCAACAAAAAAACGACAAAACCACUGGAGAGAAGUGACAAACCAAUUGUGGACACGAAUGGCAUCACUGUCUUUGGAACCAGGAUUCUGGAUGAAGAAGUAUUUGAGGGUGAGAUCCAGCAGUUGUUGAUCAUAGCUGACCCUAGAGCUGCAUAUGACUAUUGCGAGCAUUAUAGUCCAGACUGCGAUUCCCCAGUGCCUAAUGCUGCUCAGGCUCAAGAUCCUCAGGUUGAUGAGAAAAAGAAAGCCAUGGUCAAAAAGAAGAAGAGGACAGUGGCCACUAGCUCAAAGGACAAAUCCCAAAAGGCCACAACAAAAAAAUCUGAAAAAUAUGCAUCCAAGAAGAAGAAAAGUUAUCAAGCAGCAACAAAAGACAAACUAGGGGUAAAGGCAAACAUUGUCGAUGAAUUUCAAGAAUAUAGCAUAGUGGAAAAUGACUACGGGCCCCAGACAGAAGCUCCCUCCAGAACUACUGAAGCCAAUGAGCAAAACCCUGUUGAAGAAGUAUUUGCUGAAGAAUACAUAACUGGAGAGGAUUAUGAUAAAAAAACUGAGGAAACUGAAUAUGGAAGCAGAGGAGUAGACCUCAGUGAAUCUGAUCUUCUGGUAGAUGGAGAUUUAGGCGAAUAUGAUUUUUAUGAAUAUAAAGAAUAUGAAGAGAAACCGACUGAUUCUACUAAUGAGGAGUUUGGUCCAGGUGUUCCUGCAGAGACUGAUAUCACAGAAACAAGCGUGACUCAACAUGGGGCUUAUGGAGAAAAAGGACAAAAGGGAGAACCAGCUGUGAUUGAACCUGGUAUGCUCAUUGAAGGACCGCCAGGACCAAGAGGACCUGCUGGUCUUACAGGUCCCCCAGGUUUACAAGGCCCUGUUGGUCCUCCAGGUGACCCUGGUGAAAGGGGUCCACCUGGUCGUCCUGGUCUCCCUGGUGCUGAUGGUUUAGCAGGUCCCCCAGGUACCAUGUUAAUGCUACCGUUCCGCUUUGGUGGAGAUGGUGAGAAGGGUCCAACGAUUUCAGCUCAGGAAGCUCAAGCACAAGCUAUUCUUCAGCAAGCAAGGAUUGCAAUGAGAGGUCCACCUGGUCCCAUGGGACUCACUGGAAGACCAGGUCCUGUGGGAGGACCUGGAGCAGCAGGUGCUAAGGGAGAAAGUGGUGAACCAGGUCCUCAGGGUCCUCGUGGUGUUCAAGGUGCCCCUGGUCCAAGUGGAAAAGCUGGCAAACGGGGACGGCCUGGAGCUGAUGGUGCCAGAGGAAUGCCAGGAGAACCUGGUGCAAAGGGUGACAGAGGAUUUGAUGGUCUUCCUGGCCUCCCUGGUGACAAAGGUAACAGGGGAGACCGUGGCCCACAGGGACCUCCUGGCUUACCUGGUGAAGAUGGAUCAAGAGGAGAAGAUGGGGAAGUUGGACCAAGAGGUCUCCCAGGUGAAGCUGGUCCACGGGGACUACUGGGUCCCAGAGGUACACCUGGUCCCCCUGGACAACCUGGCAUUGCAGGUAUUGAUGGACCUUCAGGCCCAAAGGGAAACAUGGGUCCUCAAGGGGAGCCAGGACCCCCUGGUCAGCAAGGAAUCCCAGGCCCACAAGGCCUUCCUGGUCCACAAGGUCCUAUUGGACCUCCUGGUGAAAAAGGACCUCAAGGCAAGCCUGGCCUUCCUGGUCUUCCAGGUUCUGAUGGGCCUCCUGGUCAUCCUGGCAAAGAGGGUCAGUCUGGAGAGAAAGGUGCAUUGGGGCCUCCAGGUCCUCAAGGUCCAAUUGGCUAUCCAGGUCCUCGGGGAGUAAAGGGAGCUGAUGGUGUUCGUGGUCUCAAGGGAUCCAAAGGUGAAAAGGGUGAAGAUGGUUUCCCAGGAUUUAAGGGUGACAUGGGCCUUAAGGGUGAUCGGGGAGAAGUUGGUCAACCUGGCCCAAGAGGAGAAGAUGGUCCAGAAGGUCCAAAAGGUCGAGCAGGUCCAUCUGGGGACCCAGGUGCUGCUGGUCCUGCUGGGGAAAAGGGCAAGCUUGGUGUACCUGGAUUGCCAGGAUAUCCAGGAAGACAAGGUCCAAAGGGUUCAACUGGUUUCCCAGGAUUUCCAGGUGCCAAUGGAGAGAAAGGCGCAAGGGGAUUACAUGGCAAACCAGGCCCCAGAGGACAGCGAGGACCAACAGGUCCAAGAGGUUCAAGAGGUCCAAGAGGCCCCACAGGCAAACCAGGUCCAAAGGGUACUUCAGGCAAUGAUGGUCCGCCUGGCCCUCCAGGUGAAAGGGGACCACAAGGGCCUCAAGGACCUGUUGGAUUUCCUGGACCAAAGGGACCCCCAGGCCCACCUGGUAAAGAUGGCUUGCCUGGACAUCCAGGACAGCGGGGUGAGACUGGAUUUCAAGGAAAAACUGGCCCUCCUGGUCCUGGUGGGGUUGUUGGCCCUCAGGGUCCUACUGGUGAGACUGGCCCAAUUGGUGAAAGAGGUCAUCCAGGUCCUCCUGGCCCACCAGGUGAACAAGGCCUCCCAGGUGCUGCAGGAAAAGAAGGUGCUAAGGGUGACCCAGGUCCUCAAGGUAUUCCUGGGAAAGAUGGACCAGCAGGACUUCGUGGUUUCCCUGGAGAAAGAGGCCUUCCAGGAGCACAGGGUCCCGCUGGUCUAAAAGGAGGGGAAGGCCCACAAGGUCCACCUGGCCCUAUUGGCUCACCAGGAGAACGUGGAGCAGCAGGCACUGCUGGUCCAAUUGGUCUACCAGGUCGUCCUGGACCUCAGGGUCCUCCAGGCCCUGCAGGGGAGAAGGGUGCUCCUGGUGAAAAAGGUCCUCAAGGUCCAGCUGGACGUGAUGGAGUACAAGGUCCUGUAGGACUUCCUGGUCCUGCUGGUCCAAGUGGUUCUCCUGGAGAAGAUGGUGACAAGGGUGAAAUUGGUGAACCGGGUCAAAAAGGUAGUAAAGGUGACAAAGGAGAAAACGGUCCUCCAGGUCCACCAGGUCUCCAGGGUCCUGUUGGUGCUCCUGGCAUAGCUGGAGGUGAUGGGGAGCCAGGUCCAAGAGGUCAGCAAGGAAUGUUUGGGCAAAAAGGUGAUGAAGGUCCUCGAGGUUUCCCUGGCCCUCCAGGCCCUAUUGGCUUACAGGGUUUGCCUGGCCCACCAGGUGAAAAAGGUGAAAAUGGCGAUGUGGGCCCAAUGGGUCCACCUGGUCCUCCAGGUCCAAGAGGUCCACAAGGUCCUAAUGGAGCUGAUGGUCCUCAAGGUCCCCCAGGCUCAAUCGGCUCUGUUGGAGGUGUUGGGGAAAAGGGUGAACCUGGAGAAGCUGGUAACCCUGGACCUCCUGGAGAAUCUGGAACAUCUGGUCCAAAAGGUGAAAGGGGAGAAAAAGGUGAGGCUGGUCCACCUGGAGCAGCUGGACCACCAGGUGCUAAAGGACCUCCAGGUGAUGAUGGGCCUAAGGGUAACCCAGGUCCGGUUGGUUUUCCUGGAGAUCCUGGUCCCCCUGGAGAGCCCGGUCCAGCUGGUCAAGAUGGUGUUGGUGGAGAGAAGGGCGAAGAUGGUGAUCCUGGUCAACCUGGUCCGCCUGGUCCUUCAGGAGAAGCUGGCCCACCUGGUCCACCUGGAAAGAGAGGACCUCCUGGAGCAACUGGAGCUGAAGGCAGACAAGGUGAAAAAGGUGCAAAGGGUGAACCUGGUGCAGAAGGAGCUCCUGGAAAGACAGGUCCAGUUGGUCCUCAGGGACCAGCAGGAAAACCUGGCCCUGAAGGUCUCCGGGGCAUUCCUGGCCCUGUGGGAGAACAAGGUCUACCUGGAGCACCAGGUCAGGAUGGUCCUCCUGGGCCUCUGGGUCCACCUGGCUUGCCUGGACUGAAAGGAGAUCCAGGUUCCAAAGGAGAGAAGGGACAUCCUGGUUUGAUUGGCCUGAUUGGACCUCCAGGAGAACAAGGUGAAAAGGGUGAUAGGGGUCUUCCUGGCCCACAGGGGUCUCCCGGAGCCAAAGGUGAUGCAGGAAUUUCUGGUCCUGCUGGUCCACUUGGACCCCCUGGUCCUCCUGGUUUACCUGGUCCCCAAGGUCCAAAGGGCUCCAAAGGAUCCAGUGGUCCUGCUGGUCAGAAGGGUGAUAGUGGUUUACCUGGCCCACCUGGUCCUCCAGGUCCUCCAGGUGAAGUAAUUCAGCCACUGCCAAUCCAGUCACCCAAAAAGACUAGAAGAUCUCCAGAUUACAUGGUAUCUGAUGCUGGUGAUAAUAUUCUGGAUUAUUCUGAUGGCAUGGAGGAGAUCUUCGGUUCACUGAAUUCACUGAAGCAAGACAUUGAGCAUAUGAAGUAUCCAAUGGGCACUCAGAGCAACCCAGCCCGAACUUGCAAAGACUUGCAGCUCUGCCACCCAGACUUCCCAGAUGGGGAAUAUUGGAUUGAUCCUAACCAGGGUUGUUCUGGAGACUCCUUCAAAGUGUACUGCAAUUUCACAGCAGGUGGGGAAACUUGCAUCUACCCAGAUAAGAAAUCUGAAGGAGUUAGAAUUUCAUCAUGGCCAAAAGAGAAUCCAGGAUCUUGGUUUAGCGAAUUUAAGCGUGGCAAACUUCUUUCGUAUUUGGAUGUUGAAGGCAAUUCCAUUAACAUGGUUCAAAUGACAUUCCUUAAACUACUGAGCGCCUCUGCUAGACAAAAUUUCACAUACAACUGCCAUCAGUCUGUAGCUUGGCACGAUUCCUCAUCUGACAGCUAUGACAAAGCACUAAGGUUCUUAGGAUCAAAUGAUGAAGAGAUGUCUUAUGACAACAAUCCUUACAUCAAAGCCCUUCACGAUGGCUGCGCAUCAAGAAAGGGCUACGCAAAGACAGUGAUUGAAAUCAACACACCCAAAAUAGACCAAGUGCCUAUAGUUGAUGUGAUGAUCAAUGACUUUGGCGAUCAGAACCAGAAGUUUGGAUUUGAGGUUGGUCCUGUCUGCUUCCUUGGUUAAAUUUAAGAAAAAGAUCAGAUCAACAAAAACGUGGCACUUUGGUGCUACCAGCCUACUUCAUGCCACAUGCAAGUUUUGAAUAAGAAUGGCAUAGAAAAUAUGUCUUGCUGUGUACCUAUAUCUCAUCUAGAAAGUAACUGUUGCCCUUGUAGGGCCAGAAUCACAUGACUUAAACUAAUUUUGCAAGGAUGCUGUGGCACAGACAGACAACAUAGGGCUCACUUUGUCAACGCCCCACCCUACCUUUGGAUACCUUUGGUGCUGUUUAAAAAAAGAAAAAAAAAAAAGAACAAAUGACAUGGUGCUCCUUUGAUUACAAAGAGGUGUUAAGAAAGUGUUUAAUAAAUUGUAAUUAUUCUAUGUACAGUACUAUACUGUUAUUUCUCUGUCCAUUUGCAAAACUUGCAUGUGCCUCUAAAUUGCAUCUGGCUCUUAUUUUAUAAUUACAAAACUACAUUGUCAAUACUGUUUAUGUAUUCUGAAAAAAUAAAGCUGUAAUUGCCAGUGAAGCCAUUUCAAUUUCUGAUUAAUAAUAAAAUCCCUUUGUAUAUAUUGUUGUUGAAGAGCUUUGUUAUUUGAAGUCGCCAAAAAACCUUAAGGUGGCAAAACUGGAAGAUCUUGAGCAGCACACUCAAAUACCCUUUUCUGCUGAUAUUAUUAUGUGAUGAUGAAUUUCAAUACUGAAAGCACCUUCAAAGGUGUUGUGUUCCAUGGUGCUAUACCUCAGACCUUUUAUUUUCUUUUCUAAUUUCAGAAUUUCAUACAAAAUCUGUAUAUACCUAAAAUAAGUAAAUUUAUAUUUUUGGGCAGGGAGAAUAUGUAAAAAAACAAAAAACAAAAAACAAACAAAAAGCAAACUUCUGUUUAAAUCUGUGUGAAUUAAAUCAGUUAAUCAGUCAUAUAGCUUUCCUUUUUUUUUUUUUUUUUUUUUUUUUUCUUCCCCAAAUGUAUCUCAUGUGAAUUUGUUCCUGUUGUGCUUACCUGGUAUGCAUAAAUAUUAAAACUGGAUUACUGGAUUCUAAACAGUUAUUUAUGGAUUUUUGCAGUGUUUAUUUACAAUUUUAGUAAGCAGUAAUGGAUGUUUGCUUCCUGAAGUGGACAUUAGAAGUUCCACAGAAUGGUCCUAUAAAAUAUUUGCCCAUCCCAUUAAUAUAAAUUAUUUUUCCUGUUAUUUCAACUGAAGUCCAGGAAUGCAAUAUGUCUAGGUCAUGUGAUUCUAUAUAGUUGCUAAGCAACAUGAGGGGACUGCUUUCUAUAGAGCUGUCUUUGACCCAAAUUGUUAAAAUUUGCUAUUCAAAUCUCACCAAAAAAGUUGGUUUGGCCUUCCCUUUGAACACUUCAUUCAGGUAGUUGUAAGUAGAAAUUGCAUUUUAAUUUUGCAGCAGAAAUCCUUUUGUAAUUAUUUUUCAUAAUAUAUGUAAGACUUGAAAAUAAAUGUUUGUUUCUGUUUCUUAUAAGUUGUUAAAUUAAAUAGUACUAGCUUCUGCUGGCUCAUUUCCAACUGGUACUUUCUCAUGCACGUUUAUACAUGUAAAGAUAAGAUUUCAAAAGUCAACUUCUUGCUGUUCGUAUUUUCUUCUAUUUUUGAACCAAAGUUUGUAACUGUCACCUCAAAGAGGAAAAUACAAAUUUUAUUAAUAAAAUCAAAUCUUGUCUACCUGGA